AUGUCAUUUGCUUCAAGGAGUUUGAAAGAGCAGUAUCGUCAAGUCAGGAGGAAAAUAAAAUGCAUUAUCACUCUGUAUUGUUUACAUCUGAUGAAGACAAAUAUGACAACCACAACGCUUCUGGUAGUCCUAUGUAGUUUCUACGUUGCUUCAGGAGUGAACCACACUCAUCAGUAUUUCUAUACUGCCACGACUGGCAUCCCAAACUUCCCAGAGUUAGUAAUUGUUGGUGUUGUGGAUGACCAACAGUCUGUCCAAUAUGACAGCUUCACCAAGAGAAUGGUCCCAAAAGAGUGGCUGGCUAAUGAAGUACCCUCUGAUCACUGGAAUGUUGUAACGGACUCAGUAGCUGAAUUUGCGCCUCGAUUUAAAGUCGACAUAGCUGAUCUAACAUUUCGCCACAACCAGACUGAAGGUGUGCACACGUGGCAGAACAUGUGUGGCUGUACGUGGGAUGACGAGAGUAAAGCUGUGGAUUAUUUUGAUCAGUAUGGUUAUGAUGGAGAAGACUUUAUCUCACUGGAUCUGAAGAAUCUGAGAUACAUCGCAUCAAAUCAAAAGGCUUUCCUAACAAAAACCAACUGGGAAUAUGGCAGGCCUGAUCUUUACAUGUGGGAGAAUUACUACCCCCAGCGCUGCAUUGAGUGGUUGAAGAAGUAUUUGCAGUAUGGGAACAGCACUCUGGGGAGAACAGUCUCCCCUGAGGUCACCCUCUUCCAAAAGGACUCGGGAGUGGUGUGCCAUUCCACUGGUUUCUAUCCUGACGGAGUGGUGAUCACGCUGAAGGGGAUGAGGGAUGGAGUGGACAUGCAUAAAGACGUUAAUAUGUGGGAGACGCUGCCCAAUGGGGAUGGAACCUUCCAGAAGAGAGCUGAGCUUACAGUGUCAUUUGAGGAGAGGAAGAAGGGACAGUUCACCUGUGAGGUGGCCCACAAGAGCGGAAAGCCCAUUGUUAAGACCUUGAUUGUGGAAGAUGGCAAGAACCUUGUUGGCAUCAUCAUUGGCUGUGUCAUCGCUGCUGCAUCGCUGCUCGUCAUGAUCGGUGUGGUUGUUGCCAUUGUCAUGAUGAAGAAGAAAGGAGUUGCAGUAGAAGGUUCCGGACUAUCAAGACCAAAACCUUGCGCCAACUGAACAGUUUUUUCCACACAAACAAGCCCCCUGAAUCACACUGACUCUGCCCCCCCCCCCCCCCCCCACACACACACACACACACAUAUAUACACAUUCACACAAAUGCACUACAGCGUAAAUUAUUUAUAUACUGCACUUUGCUAAAUCCAAUUCACUGCAUCUUAGCCCUGCACAUGCCCAAUUUAUUUAUUAUUAUUUAUUAUUCGAUCUUGUAAAACAUUUCUUUUAUUCUUAUUUUUGCUCUUUUGUUAGUAUGAUUAUAUGUUUUA